UGCAUACAGGGAAACGACCUGUCAGUGUUUAGACGGUUGUACUCAUCAUCAGCAAGAAAGACAAAUCUCAAGAGAGCCUGAGUGUCUGAUGUUCAUGGUCACUCAGUCCCACACUCACCAUGGCUUGGACAAAAUACCAGCUCUUUCUCGCCGGUCUGAUGCUCACCACAGGCUCUAUUAACACACUCUCCGCAAAAUGGGCUGAUAUGUUCUCUGCACCUGGAUGUAAUGGUACCCCAGAUCAUGCCUUCUCCCACCCUUUUGUACAGGCUGUAGGAAUGUUUUUGGGAGAGCUGUCCUGUCUGGUGGUGUUCCACAUUCUCCUUUGUCAUGAUCGGUGCAAACCUGAGCCCACGAUGGAUCCGGGCCAAAGUUUCAACCCCCUACUUUUCCUCCCCCCUGCCCUUUGUGACAUGUUGGGAACAUCCAUCAUGUAUAUUGCACUGAACAUGACCAGCGCCUCUAGUUUCCAGAUGCUGCGAGGAGCUGUGAUCAUCUUUACUGGACUGUUGUCUGUAGCGUUCUUAGGACGGCGACUGCAGCCCAGCCAGUGGAUUGGGAUCCUAGUCACCAUCCUUGGUCUGGUGGUGGUUGGCCUGGCUGACUUUCUGAGUGGCCAUGGGAAUGACUCCCAUAAGCUCAGUGAGGUUAUCACAGGUUUUUUCGGAUUUGUCAUCCUCUCUUUGCUCCUCAUCCCAAUGUUCUACAUCCAUGUGGGAAGUUUUGCAGACAACCCACGGCAGGUCCUUGAAGACGCGUUGGAUGCCUUCUGUCAGAUUGGUCAUAAGCCUCUCAUUUUACUGGCACUUCUGGGCAACACUGUGAGCAUUGCCUUCUUUAACUUCGCUGGCAUCAGCGUCACCAAGGAAAUAAGUGCCACCACUCGCAUGGUGCUGGACAGUCUGCGUACUGUGGUCAUCUGGGUCAUGAGUUUGGCGCUGGGUUGGGAGGUAUUCCACGGCCUACAGAUUUUAGGCUUCAUCAUCCUACUCCUUGGUACAGCGCUGUACAAUGGACUGCACAAGCCCUUGAUGGCCAAACUGCCCUGCUGCCCUGGAGAGCAGAGAGCAGAGGAGGAAGAAGCCCCAGAGAGAGAGAGGCUGCUUGGUGAAGGAAAAGCUGCAAAUGAGAGCUAAUAUUGGACUUUGAACAAAAUGCUGUCCACAAAGCAUUUUUGUUUUUAGUUUUAACUGUUAUUUCCAUUUUAAGAAAGAAUAACGUUUUAGUAUUGUUUUAGAGUUUGAUUGGGAUGCACGAUAUUAUCGGACCGAUACUGAAACGGAUAUGAAAAAUUCUGCCGAUAUGUCUUGCCGAUAAGAGGAAUGAAUACCUUAACUCACAUGUGCUCAGGGUGUGCUAGUGAUUAGAUCAAGUCAGCAGUGUGGCUCAUUCUUGAAGGAAUUUUUUUAUCUGAAUGAUGAUUUGACUGACUGUUUUGGAUCGCUGCAUUUAAUCUGUGAAAGCACAUACAGAAAAGCCUUUGGUGUGUGAUAGAGUAAACAGUAAUAGCAGGUGCAGUGGUGGCAGCAGCGGCAGCCUCCCCCAGGUCCUAAAGCCCGUUCGGUAAGGUGUUUUAAUCUGUAGGGAGCGCUGUUGGCCUACUUCUAAUUAAAUUAAAAGUAAAAUAGC